GUCUGAACUUAAUUCAUUGAUUAGAAAUAUCAGUAACCAAACAGUUUAGGUACAGUUAAAAACAAACAUUUGCCUUUCUUCUGUUUUUAGAAUAACAAUAACAAAAGCAUUAAUUAUCGAAAUGGUAUUUAAUCUAGAUGGUAAAGUGGCUGUCGUUACAGGUGGAGCUUCUGGUAUCGGUUUACAUUAUGCUAAAGAACUUUUAAGGAACGGAGUUCAGGGAGUGACUCUGGCAGAUGUAAAUCCGACGAAUGGUGAUAUUGCCAUUAAAGAAAUCGAUAAUGAAUUUGGCAUAAACAGAGCAAUAUUUGUAAAAACUGAUGUAAGGGAUCGUCAACAAUUGGAAAACGCUUUUCAAAAAACAGUUGAAAAGUUUAGAUUUUUCGAUAUAUUGGUCAACAACGCUGGAAUAUUGAACGAUGCAAUUUGGGAAGAACAGAUUGACAUCAAUGUGAACGGUACAAUCCAUGGCAUCCUGUUAGCAAUCGACGACUUCUUCCCGAAAUACAAGCAAAGUCAUGAAGGUGUAAUCGUUAGUAUUGCAUCAACAGCAGCAGUUGAUUGCUACGUCCAUAUUCCAAUUUAUUCAGCCACGAAGGCUGCCAUUGUAGCACUAACAAGAGCCUGGGGAACGCCAGAAAUAUACGAAACAAAGAAGACGAGAUUUUUUUCGGUGGCACCAGGGGUAACUUUUACCCCUCUGAUUUUCGAUAUGUAUGGUAGAAAUUUGGGCCCUGUCUACGAAGAAUAUCUUCGUAAUCACUUGGAUAAGGGGUUGUGGCCGUCACAAGAACCUGACCAUGUAGCCAAAGAACUUAUGAAAUUGAUCAAAUUUGCUCACAAUGGCAGUAUGUGGAUUGUAGAAGGUGGAGAUCCAGCCUAUGAGUACAUUCAAGCCGAUCGAUAUGUACAGAAGAAAAAUGUUUUGAAGACUGAAUAAAACUAAUAAAAUGUACCUACAGCGUCUAUUUUUUUACUGCUAGUAAAUAUUAUUCAAUGCACAAUGGAUUAAUUUGACUGGAAAUAAAUACAAUUUUGUUUAUAUUUAUUUGCAAUUUAUAUGGUUUUAAAGAUUAAGCUACAUAAAUAAUAUGUUAUUUAGAAAAAAAUUUCCAUGGGCGUAUGCAGGAAAAAAUUAAUAA